AGCUUUCAAUUGGUUUAUUCCAAACUCUCAAAGAUGGCGGCGCCCGUCUAGCUCGCUUCCGCCGCAACAAAACUGGGAAGUUUCUUCCUAAAUUCGUUCAUUAUCGCUCUAGCGGGGAACUGCGUGAUCAACAUGGACUCGAAAAGACCAUCCAAGCUGGAGUUUGCAGUGCAGAUGACAUCUGAAAGCUGUGCUGACGCCGUUAGAGCGGCUUUGGAAGGAAAAUCCGGAGUGACCUCAGUCACUGUGGAUGUCAGGAGGGAGGAGGUCCUGGUAGAAUCUGCUCUGACCAUUGCGGAAGUCCAGGCUCUGAUAGAAAGCACUGGACGCAGAGCUGUGUUGAAGGGCAUGGGUGGAUCAGAACCAGCAAACCUGGGUGCGGCUGUGGCAAUGCUGUCUGGAGCAGGGUCCAUUCAGGGGGUGGUGCGUUUCCUGCAGCUGUCCGAGAAACAUUGUUUGAUCGAUGGGACCAUUGACGGAUUGGAGCCCGGGUGCCACGGCCUCCACGUACACACCUUAGGAGACCUUACACAGGACUGCAAAAGUUGUGGAGAACAUUAUAAUCCAUUUGGGAAGCAGCACGGUGGUCCAGGAGACUCUGAACGGCAUGUAGGUGACCUGGGAAAUAUUGUAGCAGGACCCGAUGGCAGAGCUUCAUUUCGACUGGAGGACGAUCAACUUAAGGUUUGGGAUGUGAUUGGUCGAUCUCUGGUGGUCGACGGGGGCGAGGACGAUCUUGGCCGAGGAACCCACCCUCUGUCCAAACAGACGGGAAACUCUGGGGAAAGGCUAGCGUUUGGGAUCAUCGCCCGCUCUGCUGGUCUCUUCCAAAACCCCAAACAGAUCUGUGCCUGUGAUGGGGUUACGCUGUGGGAGGAGAGAGAUCGGCCCAUCGCUGGAAAAGGCAGAAGCAAGGAGACCCCAGCCGCAAACCUGUGACCCUCACACACUAACGCUGAUGGACAUUUGAGAGGAAAGAUCAUCCUGAAAAUAAAAAACCACAAUGCCUUUAGAGAUAAAAGAUUUAUCGCUGAAUUAUUACAAAAAAAUACCUUUUCAGACUAAAUUUCUCAGACUAAUUAAUAUGUUUUUAUUGAGAAAUAUCUGUCAAAUUGGAUGUUUUUGAUUAAAAUGCACACAACUGAGCCCAUUUCUGUUCCUGCAAUCCUUUUAAAUAAAUAAGGUGGAGUUCAUGGCUCAAAGUAAGAGAUUAAAAACUCAGGAGUCACAUUCCAUCAGGGAAAGGCUGUAAAUGAGGCCCUCCAGGGAUUGUGUGCUCAGCUUUUUUUUUUUCCCAAAAUGGAGUGUUGAGUUCCUUUAUUGCUGCUGCAGCCAACUUUGGAGCCUCAAGAGCCAAAGAGAAUUGACUGUUUCUUUUUCAUAGUGCCCCCUAUUGACUGUAACUGUCAAAUGUUGUAUUAUAAAUGAAUGUAAUAUGGUGGCCCCCUCCUUGCUGGCACUUGUUUUCAAUUUUCUUAAUGAAAAUAUCAAUAUAAGGAGCUGGUGGUGGGCAGUGCGUUGGCUGUAUAACUGUGUGCUGUAGUUAACUUUGCAUUGAUUUUCUAAAUUGAGCAUUGGUCUUGUUCUGCUUCCACCUGAUUGAGCUUAUUGAGUUUCUUCCAACAGUUCCAUCUGUUUUUCUCAUUUCUGUGUUGGGGCUGAGUGCAGACAGAUGGCUACAAAUGUUAAAAGAAAAGCAUGCAUCUAAAGGAUUUAUAACUUCAAACAAAUGGAAAAAAAUGUU